AUGACCGACAGUCCGACCACCUCGCACGAUCAUCGUCUGUCUCGUAUGAGUCUGUUCUAUUCCCCGGAGAGGUCCUCUCCCCGUCGUUCCCAGUCCGUUCUCACCAGGUCCUCCUCCACCUCCCCCAAUGGCUCCCAUUCAGACAUCUCUGCCGCCGCUGAGCAGGGAAAACCCCCCAUCAUCCUCGGCAUAUGCGCCAUGGACAUCAAAGCCAGGUCAAAGGCCAUGCGCGAAAUUCUAACACGUCUCGUCGAACGCACUCGCGGCGCGAUCGAGGCCAAGGUUUUCGGCGACAAGGUUAUCCUGGACGAAGAGGAUCUCCCGCUUACCUCCUCUGUUCACCUUUUGCUUCCGCCGGCGUCUUAUUCACCAGAUGUCGAGAAUUGGCCCCGCUGCGAUGUUCUCAUCUCGUUUUUUUCCACCGACUUUCCGCUCGAAAAGGCCAUCUCCUACGUCAAGCUGCGUAACCCUUUCUGCAUUAAUGACCUCCCACCUCAGGCCCUUCUUUGGGACCGUCGUCUGGUCGGCACUGUACUCGACCACCUCAAAGUACCCACACCCCGACGCCUCGAGGUCUCUCGCGACGGUGGUCCAAAGGUCGACGAUGAGCUCCGAGAGGCCAUGAAGAGAAAAGUUGGCAUCGAGCUUGGCGGCUUCCAGGUCACUCCAGAAGUCACCAUGACCGAAGACGGAAACGCGAUUGUCAUUGACGGUCAGGUGAUGGAGAAACCCUUCGUGGAGAAGCCUGUCAGUGGCGAAGACCACAACGUAUACAUCUACUUCCGUGGAGGUGGCGGCCGCCGUCUCUUUAGAAAGGUCGGGAACAAAUCCAGUGAACUGGACCCAACCCUCAACUUCCCCCGAACUGACGGCUCGUAUAUCUAUGAGAAAUUCGUAGACGUGGACAACUCCGAAGACAUUAAAGUCUAUACAGUUGGCCCUGAUUAUACCCACGCAGAGACGCGCAAGUCUCCCUUCGUAGACGGUGUCGUUAGACGUAAUACCGAAGGUAAAGAGAUUAGAUUCAUCACACACCUGAGUGAUGAAGAGAAGGAGUGGGCCUCCCGCAUAAGCCAGGGCUUCGGACAAACAGUCUGCGGCUUUGAUAUGCUCAGAUGCGAGAACGGCAAGACCAGCCAAGUGAUUGACGUAAACGGCUGGAGCUUUGUCAAGGGCAACGAGUUUUACUACGACAGAGCAGCCGAAAUCCUCGCGAACGUAUGCGUGCAGGCCUCGGCCUCCGUCGAACGCCCCCUGUCAACAGCCGAAGGUACAGCGGAGGAGUCCCCAACAUGGCUACUCAAGGCAAACGUGACCGUUUUCCGGCACGCCGACCGCACACCUAAGCAGAAACUGAAGUUUAGCUUCCCUAUCGGCGAGUCGUGGACCCAGCCGUUCGUCGAGCUGCUCAACGGAGAGAAGGAGGAGAUCAUUCUCCGCGAGCGAGCGCAGCUCAGCCGCAUACAGACUGCUGUCGAGGAGGCCAAGGGCCUUGGCGCAGACGGCGAAGAUCUGGCAAAGCUCACGCAGUUGAGCAAUGCACUCUUCAGCAAGAUCGAGCUGCCGGGAACAAAAGCGCAGCUGAAGCCAGUGUAUUCGAAGAAGCAUGCAGGACAAGUGAGGAAGCUGACCAAAUUGACCCUUGUGUUCAAAUGGGGCGGCGAGUUUACCCAUUCUGCGAGGUAUCAGUCUAGGGACCUUGGUGAGAACAUGAAGAAGGACAUCUCCAUCAUGAGUGCGUAUCAAUUUGAUAUUGCCCAGACGGCGUCAUUGAGCAUUUAUGCGAUUGGUUUUGCAGACAAGGACGUUCUCAAGAACGUCAAGAUCUAUACGUCCUCAGAACGUCGUGUCGUCGCAUCCGCCGAAAUCUUUGCAGCAGCCCUCUUUGAUACCAACCGGGAUCCCUACCCGUUAUCAUCGACUGGCCCACCUCCGAAUAGCGGAAGCUCCGCGCGCUCUUCGCAGGACGGUAAAGAUGGUACCAACGGGUCGACCUUGAAUGUCACUAGCGGCAGCGGAUUCCGCCCUGGGACGCCCCGACGAGACCAGUCGGUGCCAUCUGGGCAGAAAGCACCGAAGCUCAUCGUGCGCAAGGACUUGCUCGAUGACUCAAAUGCGGCCAAGGACCUUAUGGACGAUGUCAAGAAGCGGCUGAAGAUACUUUUGCGCCCUGGUGAGCCUGACAAACGACCUGAGCUGACAUGGCCCAAGAGCCUCAAGAAGGAGCCCGUUGAGGUUGUCAAAGAAGUCAUUGAACUGCUGAGGAGUUUCCGAGACAUUAUGCGGAAGAACUGGGAGACCCUCAACGUCGAUAAGAUCCAGGAGCGCUGGUGCUGCGGCGACGAGCCCUGGCUGUUCCGCGAACGGUGGGAGAAGUUGUUCGAGGACUUUUGCGACGUGAAGCAGGAGAAGUUCGACCCCUCGCGUGUGUCGGAACUCUACGACACUAUCAAGUACUGUGCGCUGCACCACCGUACCUUCCUCUUCUCGAUUUUUAGCGAGAACGGCCAGAUGGGCGCACAGCCGCCGCAUGACCGGCAGCUGCAUGAGCUCUAUGGGCGUGCUAAAGCGCUCUUCGAUCUCGUUGCACCGCAAGAGUAUGGCAUUGAGCCGGAAGAGAAGGAGGAGAUUGGCGUGUUGACGUCGCUGCCUCUGCUACGUAACGUAGUCGAGGACCUCGAAAACGCGCGGAACAACGAGGAGUGCUCUCUCACACUGUACUUCACGAAGGAGAGCCAUAUUCACACGUUGGUCAAUCUUGUCUUGCUCUCCGGCCUGCCCAUUGCGAAUCGGCGGAUACCGGAGCUUGAUUAUUGUUCCCACAUUACGUUCGAGCUCUACGAACGCAACCACGGGCGUGGCAAGUCGGACAAGGAGUACUCGAUCCGUCUCUCGCUGAGCGAAGGCGCCCAUUCGUCCAACGUGCUGGACUCGGCGCUCGACGCGCGGCACUCGCUGAACGUGCAGCCUCGCCGGAAGCUGACGCAGCACCUGCCGUACAGCCUCGUGAUCAAGAAGCUGUCGAAGCACUUUGACCGGGUGACGGACGUGAGUGGCAUCGUUCCGCCACACUGCCCGCUCCGCGCAGACGCUGACGCUAACGGGGACGUGGCCGCCGCACCUGCACAGGACGACGACACGGGCCCGGACGAGCCCUUCGAGACGAUCGACGCGCUGAGCUUGCCCGUCGCGAACCAGACCCCGCAGGAUGAUCCCUAG